AAUCCUUAUCAGUUUUGGAUAAAAAAAGAAUCUCGUUCCAAAAAUAAAAUUGAAAAAGAAAAAACAGAAAAAGGAGAAACUUAAGGAAACUGACGGUUAAAUGAGAAGUUGCAAGUGCAGCGGCAUGGGGAACUGGCAACCUCGAGAUCGAAAUUGAAGCCAUUAUGAACGCUCUAGCUGCUACCAAUCGGAAUUUCCGGAAUGCCGCCCGGAUUCUAGGUCUGGACUCCAAGAUCGAGAAGAGCCUUUUGAUCCCCUUCAGAGAAAUCAAGGUUGAAUGUACGAUUCCGAAGGACGAUGGGAGUUUGGUGUCGUAUGUUGGGUUUAGGGUACAACAUGACAAUGCCCGUGGCCCUAUGAAAGGAGGAAUCAGAUUCCAUCCUGAGGUUGACCCUGAUGAAGUAAAUGCUCUGGCUCAACUAAUGACAUGGAAGACUGCGGUAGCAGAUAUUCCUUAUGGAGGUGCAAAGGGUGGGAUUGGAUGCACUCCACGAGAGUUAAGUAUGAGCGAGUUGGAACGUCUGACUCGUGUAUUUACUCAGAAGAUUCAUGAUCUCAUUGGCAUACAUACUGACAUUCCAGCACCAGAUAUGGGCACAAAUGCACAGACUAUGGCUUGGAUUUUGGAUGAGUAUUCUAAGUUUCAUGGUCACUCGCCAGCUGUGGUAACUGGGAAGCCAAUAGACCUUGGUGGUUCCCUUGGUAGAGAUGCUGCAACCGGGCGCGGUGUUGUUUUUGCUACAGAAGCUUUGCUUGCCGAACAUGGAAAGAAAAUCAAAGAUUUGACCUUUGUCAUUCAGGGAUUUGGUAAUGUGGGAUCUUGGGUAGCAAGACUUAUCCAUGAAAGAGGAGGAAAAGUUGUUGCAGUGAGUGAUAUCACUGGUGCCGUAACGAAUCCAAAUGGGAUUAAUGUACCUGACCUGCUUAAUCACAAAGAAAAGACCAAUAGUCUAGUAAAUUUUCAAGGUGCAGAUGGCUUGGAUCCAAACGAACUUCUAGUUCAUGAAUGUGAUGUUCUUAUCCCAUGUGCUUUGGGUGGAGUUUUAAACAGGGAAAAUGCUGCUGGUGUGAGAGCAAAGUUUAUAGUAGAGGCAGCCAACCACCCUACUGAUCCAGAAGCAGAUGAGAUUCUAUCUAAAAAAGGAGUCAUAAUACUCCCUGACAUCUAUGCAAAUGCCGGUGGAGUCACCGUUAGCUACUUUGAGUGGGUUCAGAAUAUUCAGGGAUUCAUGUGGGAUGAAGAGAAGGUGAACAAAGAGCUUCAAAGGUACAUGACAAGAGCUUUUUAUAAUAUCAAGAGCAUGUGCAAAUCACAUGCUUGCAAUCUUCGUAUGGGUGCUUUCACUUUAGGUGUCAACCGUGUGGCACGUGCUACCCUCUUGAGGGGUUGGGAGGCCUAGAAUUAGAUGGAUUACCACACCACUAGUAUUUUCUAGGGUUACUUUCACUUCCUAGUUCCUAUCUCAUUUUCACUCUUCUCUUUAAGUGCUUAGAUUACCAGCACUUGCAUGCUGAAAUUAACUGUUGAUUAAAUUAUUAACAUUAUUCACAAAUUUUAGUAAAAUUUAUCACCACUUUAGCUUGAGGAA